AUGUCGUACGCCCCGCCUUACGGAGACCCUUACGGCCGCCCACCCGCGGACCCUUACGGUCGUCCCCCAUCAGACACUCCCUACCAACAACCCUACGCGCCCUACGGCGCACCACCCGCAGAUCCGUAUGCCCGACCCCCGUCAGACAGACCGCCCUACGAACGCGGCCCCUACAGUGCACCUCCACCAGGCGCUCGUCCCCCACAGAACCCCCCACCUCCACUUCCAGCCGGCUGGCACCAGGAAUGGGAGCCAAGCACCCGCCGCGCCUUCUGGGUAGAGGACGCCACUGGCCGUUCCCAGUGGGAGACACCAUAUUCUCAGCCUGCCUAUUCGGGCUACAAUGAUGGUUCUCGCAGUGUUCCUCCUCCCGAGCCUCAGGGUGGCUACUAUGCGCCGCCUCCCGGUCCCCCUCCUGUCAACUAUGAUAGCCGUCCUCCUGGCGGUGGCUAUUAUGAUCAGCAGCAGCAGGUCGAGCCUGAGAAGAAGAGUAGCAAUGCUGGCAAGUACCUUGCUGUGGGUGCUGCUGGUCUUGCUGUUGGUGGUCUUGCUGGUGCUUAUCUUGAACAUGAGCAUGAUGAGGAUGAGGAGCGCUCCGACCUCGAGGAGGCAUAUGAGGAUGGUCGUCGUGAUGAGGCCUAUGAGGAGGACUACGGCAGCGACUAA